GUUCAGCUUGUAAAUGCAGAGGAAUGAUGUUGCGUGCGUAGCUUGCUCGACUUGGGGGCAAAACAUAGGCCCAUGUGUGUGUGUGCUUAUCAGCUGGUCAUGAUCACGAAUGUUCAACCUGCACGAUAGGAAAUACAUUCUUCCAUGUACGCUCGGACAAUACAAACAUUUAGUUUUUGAAGCUUAACAGUUACCAAUUUUCAAAACAUCGAAAAAUAUCCGUAGUCAGAUAUCAUCUGAGGGAUUUCGCGGCGGAAAUAUUUGUAGGAUUUCACCAACGGCAUCGCGUGAUCUCUCUUUCUAGAGGGUUACUUCAGCGGGUUUCGCUGGUGAAAGGAGCGGGGAAGUAGCCGCCGAUUGGCCGUGCUGGGCCCGAGCACCACGGCCGGUUGGCCAGCUUCACACAGAUGGCUGAAGCCCCAGGGGAAGAAACUGGGGCGAGUGAAACGCUUUCUGCAGCUGAGCAAGAGCGAUUGGCAGAGGUACGGGCUGCCGCCGUGAAGGCGGCAGGAAACCAGCAACCGGGCGAACUCUACCGGGGCAAAUGCAAAUGGUUUAGCCUGGCUAAAUGCUACGGGUUUAUAACCCCUGAUGAUGGCACUGGAGAUGUAUUCGUUCACCAGAGGGUCAUUCAAAUGGAUGGAUACAGAAGUCUUGAUACGAAUGAAGAAGUAGAAUACAGGUUUCAAUUUUCCAUCCACGGAAGGGAAGCAACGACUGUGACAGGGCCGAAUGGAGCGAACUGUAAGGGAAGCAAACGAAGGUUAAGACCCAAGUACAGAAGAACAGCGAACCGGUGCUUUAACUGUGGCAAGUCAGGACACCAUGCCAAAGAUUGUCCUGAGCCACCACUACCAAAGCGGUGCUACGCGUGCCAUGCGGAGGACCACCUCUGGGCAGACUGUCCUAAUAAAACUACUCAGGGAAAUGACAGCAACGGCGGUGGUUCGGGCGAAGAAAGCUCAAGAACAACAGCAGAAGAGACAACAGCCAGCAGCAAAGCCGAAGAAAGUGUCAAAUCUGAGCCAGAAGCUGGCGAAGGGAAGACCUAACCAAUGCCACAAUGCAUCAAAGUACUUCAUAUAGAUACUUUCGUAUUUCCACCAUAAACGUUAAUUGAAGAUAAGGAUACGUUUCUUUUCUGAGUAUGACUUGUUUUUUUUUUUAUUGCAGAAUGUUUAUUUACAGAUUAUGGCAAAGUGGUUCUGAGAGGGAUAUCUAGUAUAUAGAACUCUUUGUUAAGACCUUGCUAUGUUAUGUAUGUAAGGUUAAUUGUACAGCUGAACACACAAGUGUCAUUGUGUGAAACUUGAUGAAAUGGUUUUAUGAAUGGAUGGACUGAAAGGCAUACCAAUGUUCUUCUAAAACAGAUUUGGACAUAUCAAAACAUAUAUAUAUACUUUUUUUUUUUAUAGAUUUGAACUUUAGAAAUAUCCUUAUCAUUGACCUCAGUUGUUAGCCCUUGUAACAUUUCUUGGAAUAUUUUUUAAUAAGUGUGUGGUCUUUUGGGAUAAAGAUAAUGUUCAAUUGGUGUUCCAACUUAGUCACAUAGUUUUAAAUUGUGUUUGUUAAGUAGACAAAAAUGAGUUAACAAAUUUUUAAAUAGAAAUUCUUUCAUUCUCUGGUCCGUUUUACCUCUGAUUUUUUUCCUAGAGCUUUCUCAGUCAGUUUCUUUAAAAAGAAAUUGUUUCUAGACUGCUGUCCCUCCCUAUAACUAUUUGCAACAUUCAAAAGAGCAUUGGUAUGCUGAUAUAUAUAUAUUUUUGAAGGAAGGUGGUGUUUAUAUAUAGGUACAGUCUCAGGGCUUUUACGUUGAAUUCAGUGUAUAUGAUGACUUUCUUUGUGACUGUAGUGGUCUCUCUAUGAAUGAGCUGCUUUGUGAAAAUUUUGCUGUUUUGACGUCACUCACUCAGGUGUUACUCGGAUUUACAACGUGCAGAUCACGUGCUGGUGCUAUAGCGAGUACUGCAAUUAUGAAAAGUCAUGAGGCCUUAACUAAUUCCGUGUAUAAAGUCAUUGGAUUGUAGCCACGAUGUUCUGAAAAUCGGCCACAAUGCACGUGAAGUGACUUGAGAUUUUUUCAUUUACUGAGCAUGUGCGAAAUGUGCGCUCUCUUAGUGGUGACGGGUUACACAUUUGACUUUCAGGGACUAUUUUCAUGCUUCUAGCGAAUGCUGCAGGUUUUUAUUUACGUCACUGUGAUGCCCGUCGUUCAUGAGAGCAGUUUCAUUCAUCACUUUGAGAGCCACUGAUUUAUAUUCACAUUUUUAAAAUGAUUGUACAUGCAACUGACAUUCUGAUUAGGAGUCGAGAAUGUUCAUUUUUAUUUUUUUUCAGAUAUGGAAAUGCUGGUUAGCGCAUCAUUUUGAACAAUGGAUAGAGGGAUUCCGCUUCGUUACCUAUGUAGAUAUUUUACACUUAUGUGAAAUAUUGUCUUCCAUACGUGCCUUUGAAAAAUUGUGAAUCUAUGUGUAACCAAAGGAUUUUCAGUUGUAUGAUCAUGUUUAGUUUUAUGUUUAUGAUAGAAAGGAAAAAAUUAUAUUUUAAGGAAUGAUGAUUGUGGGAGUAUGCUCAUUUAUCUAAUUCCAAGUGCAAAAUCGCAAAGGAAUAUUCCCGUUUCAUUUUCGGGAAAUGACUACCUCGGUCUGUACUAUUUACCAAGUGUUUGCGAUAUGACUAAACUUAAUUAAAGAAGUCAUCAAAAAAGUUUCAUACUUUGUUCAGCUUGUCAAGUAUUAGCAACACACAGAUGAAGAAGGAUGAGCAGAAAUUAGGCAAGUGCGACAAGUAGCCUGCCAAAUGCCUUCCCUACAAUUUUUCGAUAUCUAUUCCUACUUUUUCAAAAGAAACGGUUGAAGAUCCCUCACUAACCAUUAUCCAAAAAUUAAAACGUAGCCUUAAUAUUUUGCUCCUGUUUUUUCAAUUCUGUAACAUUUGUAUAAAAUGGUUAUCGAAUUCUCGUAAUAGUUCUAUUUUUUGUAUGUAUGCUUUGCACAAAAUAUUUUUUUAUAAUUUUGAUCCACAUACUUAUUAAUAACCCCUUCCCCCUUGACCAGCAUAUUUCUAUUUGUGUGGGUUGUGCAGGUUACUAUUCUGCAGCACAAUGGCAGGGUUAUGUUGUAUAACCGUAACUAACUUGAUAUGUUAUCGUAAAUGUUCAACCAAUAUCUACCUCAUUGACGUACAGUGAGCACAUUUGUAUAAAGCUAUGUUUUAAUAACUUUUAACUAUUAAGGCCCGUAUUCUGAAGUGGGGUUUAACUUAAACUCUGGUUUAAAGUUGUGGUUUAAGUAUGGUAAGCCAAUUGUUACAUAAAUCACUAACAAUAUAGGUAUCAUACUUCAGCUUAUUUGACUCUCAAAUCAUUCUUAAUUGUCUAGGAAGUAUAAAUAGAUGAUUGUCUUCACCGUCGAUGAAUCAGGAAAGAGCACAGUAAACAUAAGAAACUUACAACUCAAUAAAGAUUUUGACACUUUUGGCUUCCCAUACUUAAACCCCAACUUUAAACCUGAGUUUGAGUUAAACCCGACUUCAGAAUACGAGCCUAAGUAUUCACAAGACUUCGGUUAUUUUUUCAUGAGACUAUAAACUUAAUGCUACUUAUUUUGAAGAUUGUUUGUGGGUGUUCUCGACUAUUUGAACAUGUUGAAAUACAGGCAUUCAACUCAAAAGUCGCGCUGAUGAUGAUUUCAAGUUAAAGAUAAAGUUAAGUUACUUAAAAAGUGAAAGAAAAAUCUGAAAUCUUUCAGAACAACACGAAAAACACCUUGUCCAUGCCAUAGCACUUGCUAAACAACUCAUAAAGUUCCAACUAACGAUACAUUUUGAAAUAAAAUAUUAAAGGCUAUACAACC